AUAAAAUCACAUGAAUACAUUUGUCAUUGUUAAAACUUAACUAAUCGAGUACAAAAUACUUGAGUGUAACCUGUAUCUAAUAAACAACAUGGCUGCGCCCAUGGCUUGGAUUGAUAUUUUGAAGAAUUCACAAAAAACAUGCUUGAUUCAGGAUGGCAGAAGAAAAUUACAUUUCACUCUGCAAGAUGGAAGAGAGUUGGCUGAAGAGUAUGAUAUAAAUACCCAAGAAUUAGUCGUGCGUAAAUGGCGAAGGUCGUCUGUGCUAGGGGGCCAGGGCAGGUGGGAGUUUGAGGUCGGGGAGCAGCUGGCCCCACGCAGUGUCAACACAGAGGGACUUGUGGAGAGCAUGAGCAAUCCUGUAUUUGUGCGGAAGGACACCUCGACAGCCUUUCAGUGGCGGAUACGCAACCUCCCAUACCCAUUGGAAACCUACUCAGUGCAGUGCAAUCAAGAGAACAAUAUAGUCAUCACCACCUCAAAUAAAAAAUACUACAAGAAGUUCUGUAUCCCUGACAUGGAGAGAUGCAAUCUACCCCUGCAGCAGGCCUCUAUCAGUGUGGCACAUGCAAACAAUACCCUCAUAGUCUCCUACAAGAAGCCACCUCCAAUACUUGAUAUGGAAAAGACUUUACAAGAAGAAUUCAAGAAAAUGAAAGCCAGCAAAGAUGGAGAUGUGGAUUGCAGACCCAGCUGAUUCAAACUAUUGUCAUUGCAUUUGCAUCAUUAGUUUAUAUGUCAGAAAUUCAUUAGUUAAAUUAAAUCACAUAUUAUGGAAACUUGACAAUUUUACCAAGAUUUGCUAUGUUCUGUAAUAAACCUGUUGCAACCCAGAGUCAAAUGGUUUAAAGACAAAUCAUUAUGAAAUAAAUAAAUAAUUGCAAUUAAACACAUACAAAAUCCACACAAAAUAGUGUUCAGUGCAUCUGUACUCUUUUGUCCAUUUUUCUUAUUUAGUGACUUGGAUUUAUGUUAAUGCUAGGAAAACUAUACUGUUAAAACAGUCUAUUUAAUGCAGUUCUAUUCAAUUGACAUGUUUUCCUUCUAAAUGUUCCAGUUGCCAAGAACAAUCGUAAUAAUAACUCUAGUACAUGUAAAUUAAUUGUAUUUUGGAUAUAAUGUUUUGCCUUUCUGAGAAAUGUUGCCAGUGAUUGUCUAAUAUUUAAAAUUUGGUAGGAAUAUUUUUGAUGGUGGAGACUUUACUGUAUGACUUGUUGUUAAUUUGGUUCAAAACCAGUUCUGCUCUUAGUUUGCACACACAUUUGUAAGGCCAAAAUGGACGACUUUCUUUUAAAUAAUGCCCAAUCUUUGUUUCCAAAUUAAUUAUAUCAAAAUACCAUGCAUGUUCACUUUGUAUUCUGUUAUUUAUAUUAAGUAUGCUUUUUUACUAUUAACUGUAAUACAUGAAUACAUUUUUAAAGUGUAUGUUUGAUUUAUAUAUUUUGCAAUUGGGGAGGCUAUGGUGAAUGUCCUCUCCGUAUGUGCCUUAUAAACUUAUCCGCACCUUGAGGAGGUUAAAAUGUAUGUUAUUUACUAUGUAAGUCUAUAUUUACUAUGUAAGUCUAUAUUUACUAUGUAAGUCUAUAGUUACUAUGUAAGUCUAUAGUUACUAUGUAAGUCUAUAGUUACUAUGUAAGUCUAUAGUUACUAUGAAAGUCUAUAGUUACUAUGAAAGUCUAUAGUUACUAUGAAAGUCUAUGAAAGUAAUGCGACCACUGGGGCAUGGUAAGUUUUGACACCAGGGGUAUGAUUUGCACAAACAUUAGAAGACAACGAUUAGAUUGGAUCUCAAAAUAAUGUUCAAAGGAAUAACGUUUGCCAGGUAUUUCAGUCUUACAUUGUGGUGGUAAACGUAUCUAGAAACAAAUUGGCUUGUCUUUUGAACUUGUUUUAUGUGAAGAAAAGUCCAUUAAAGUCAUCAACUAGAAACAGAAAGUUUUCUGCUCAAUGUUCAUUGGCCACUAACUAUUUCAGUAUGGCUUUUCUGUGCUGUAGUCAUUCAGAAGUGGAAUAUUGCUGCAAGAUGCUACAUAAUUCUUACUGAUAAUGUAUGUAAAAAAAAAUGUGGUAAACAAAUAAACACACAUUUUAAAACUUAA